CAGGCCCAUCACCCUCUCAGAGAGCCACGUCGGUAUCACUCGCCAGCUUUCCAGCUUGCUACCCAGCUCCUCAGUGUCUCUCAGUACCAGCAUGUUUCCCAAAAAAGUCUGCCUGUCGCUAUUUAUCUGCCUGCUAGCACUGACGCCGUCGAUAUUCGCGUUCAACUUCUUCGACUUCUUCAACGAUGGAGGGCAGCAGCAACAAAACCAAGGACAACAAAAUGAGAGUGCGGAGGGGCAGCGGGCAGCUACUGAGCGAGGUUGUCCAGGAUACAUCUGCCCACAAACCGCGCACUGCGUCUCAACCCCAUUAGCAUGCCCGUGCCCCAACCCGACAGAGAAGAAGUGUGUAGUGGGUAGCUGGUAUGUCUGCGUGAGAGGCGACCAGACAUGUGGGACGAUCACCAAACUAGCGACGGGGUUGAAUGAGGGCCACUCGGAGCUCUGAAACGCAUCGAAUGCGGCGCAUCGCACUGAAACUAGAUUAUGCACCAUGGCAUUGUAUCAUAGGACAUGUUGCUUGCAGGAAUAGAUUUUUUGGAAGGUAG